AUUUAAUGUCUGCAUGUCACAUCAUCAGCUUCAGAGGACAUUUUGGACUAGUUGAGAGGAUCUGAAAUGUUGACAUUUCUUGCUGGGUAGACUGCAAAAUGGAGGUAGCUAUUAGAAAGCCAAAGAAAGAAUUUUUCAAGUAUUCGGAAGAAAAUUUAAAAGCAGCAAUAGAUGCAGUCCAGUCGGGCAACAGCAGUAUACGAAAAGCUGCAAAAUAUUACGGUGUACCAUUCAGCACACUAAACAACAAAGUUAAAGGUAAGGUUCCACUUCAGUGUAAGAUGGGCCCAAGUUCAAUUUUAUCUGAAGCUGAAGAAAAUUUAUUAGUGUGCUGGAUUCAUGCAUAUGCAAAAAAGGGUUUUCCCAUAAAGCGAAUAACAUUGCUUGAGACUGUUAGAGACAUUGUGUUAUCUGACCAAAGACCAACUCCAUUUAAAGAUGGACAACCAGGUAUCAAAUGGUUCAAAUCGUUUUUGAAGCGUCAUCCGACUUUAUCCGAACGAUAUGCUGAAAGCAUUAACACAGCCCGAGCAACAGUAACUGAAGAAAGUCUCAGGCAGUGGUUCCAUGAACUGAAAGGCUUCUUGGAACAAGAAAAUCAUUGGGACAUCUUAAACGACCCUAGCAGAAUUUAUAAUGCUGACGAAUCUGGUUUUGAGACUUGCCCUAAAACAGGCAAAGUUUUGGGACCAGUUUCUUUUGACAAUCUCUACGAAGUAAAAAGUGGAAAUGAAAAAGAAGCUAUCACUGUAAUGGCCAAUUUUAAUGCCGCUGGAAAUACGGUUUCCCCCAUGAUUGUGUUCCCAUUGCAAAAAAUAUCACGAGAGAUUGCGCAAAACCUGAACAGUGAGUGGGGUGUAGGAAGAUCCAAGAAAGGCUGGAUGACUGGAGCACUCUAUUAUGAGUAUAUUGCAAAUAUUUUCCUGCCAUGGCUCAAGAAAUGGAAUGUUCAGUUUCCUGUUCUACUGUUAGUCGAUGGACAUAAAUCUCACACAACUUACAAAGUUGCACAGUUUUGUGCUGACAAUGGUAUAAUACAAUUUGCAUUAUACCCAAAUGCAACUCAUGUGCUGCAACCAGCAGAUGUUGCGAUCUUCCGUCCCUUGAAAGCUGGAUGGCGGAAUGUUGUGUACUCUUGGAAACACAAAACUGGCAAUAAAGUGGUCACGAAAGUUGUGUUUGGGCCAUUGUUAGAAGCAGUUUUUACUGAAAGAGCGACUGUAGAUACUGUAAAGAGUGGAUUCAGGAAGUGUGGUAUAUUUCCAUUUGACCCUGAUGCAGUUGACUACAGCAAAUGUAUGUCAAGUAAAUCAAGGAACUGUCCCCCUAUCACAACUAGGUCAAGCAAUGACACGAUCCAACCAGCAUCAUUUGGUGUAGAACAUCUUUUGUAUUUGGAAACAUUGAUGAAAAAGGGAAGAGCCGAAGAGUUUCGAGCAGCAGAAAAAUCAGGUUGGGGAGGCGAGCCUCAAGCUUUGGAACUUUAUGAAGUUUGGUGUAAAAUUCGUUCAAAGUGUGUGAGUGUCCCAUCAGCAAAGACUCCAAAAGAAGACAAUCUUGCAUCUAGUGAUGAAGAUUCACCUUCUGAAAUAACUGUACAACUACCUGAGACUACAGUAAGUGUGACUACUAAUGUUGAAGAGGAUAAUUUGGAUACCAGCAAAUUGUUGGAUGAGGGACCUGUAGGUGAUAUUCUCCAGCCAGCUAUUGAUGAAAUUUUUUCACCUCAGACUUGUAAUAACGUUGUAGGAGAAAUGUCAGGAAUCACUGAAGAGAAUCCAUUAAAUGCAUGUUGUACAUCAGCGUCUUCCAUAAAUACCGAAGGAACUCACAGCUCAGUAACACCUAAAAUAAAUAGGCCUUCCAUGAUAAGAAAUGUGAAACAACAAAUCAGCUCUUAAUUUGCAGACCAUAUUUUGUGGCCCAGCGAAUCACCUGUCAAAGUUGGAAGAAAAAGGGAACAUUUGCCAUAUGCUACAACAUCUAAAGAGUGGUUACAGUGGAAUGAAUCUAAGGAAAGAAUUAAACAGGAAAAGGAAGCUGCCAAGAGGAUGAGACUUGAAAAACGCAUAAAUAAAGAUACGAGCAAAAGUGUAGCCAAGCUAACUAAAAGAUUGAUAUUCUCGACUAAGCCUCAAACUGAUAAAACUGACAAAUGCAAAAAGCUUGUUAGAAAGAAGAAACAAACACACACAUCAUCUGAAUCUGAUACUGAGGAAUGGCAUUCUAGUGGAGACAAUAUGGAUGAUGUUUCACUUGGAACUACAUCAGAAAGUGACGAAAACAAAAAUGACCAAAUUAGCACCUCGGUUGACAGACUGAAGAAUUUGAAGGAAGGAGACUUUGUGCUGGUGUCAUUCCCUGGGUUAAAAAAUUUGAAGUACAGAUUUGUUUGCACCAUCCAGAAAAUAACUGAUGGAGAAUACAUUGAAGUCAUGGGGCUCAAAAGUAGUGAUAAAAAUAAUACAGUGUUCAGAAUAGAUGAAGAUGAUGUCAGCUUUGUGAAGCACUACCAGAUUUUAAAGAAGUUACCAACUCCGAGAAUCGUACCUAUUGGAGACAGAAUACGUUACAAGUUUGAUAACCCAGUUGAAGUGAGCACAAUCAAUCCCUAAUUUAUUUGUAAGUCUAUUGUGUACAUUAACUGCUUGUAUUAUAGGCCUAUGAAUGACAUUAAUAUUUUCUGAAGAAAGGUUAGGUAGUUACUGUAGUGCACAUCAGUUUAAUAUAUAAAUACACACACACACACACAUAUAUAUAUAUAUAAUUAUUAGUCUGUGCUUUAUCGGUGUGAGUUAAUGUAUACAUAGACAGUGAUCAACCACUAGAUUCUUGCUGAUCAAUAUAUGGACUGCUGUGAUCAACUACUGGUGCACCCUGGCAAUUUUUAUUUAAGGUAAAAUAUCCUAGGUAAC